UAAAUGAAUUGGUUUACGUGAAAGUUAUAGCGUUUACAAAUGGCGGUAUAUACUGGGAUUUAAAAAACAUUUUUUUACUAGUAAUGAUAUCAGCAACUUAUAGCAGGACUGCGAGGGACAUUCUGACACUGGGGGGAACUGACUUGGUGUCACUAACAUCCCCAGUGACACCAAUACAGUGAUCAGUGCUAAUAAAAAGCACUGAGACUGUACUAAUGGCACUGGGCAGGAAGGGGUUAACAUGUGGGAUGAUCAACGGGUUAACUGUGUGCUGUUUUACUAGGGGCUGUGUCUGUGUGCUUCACUGUAAGCACACUGCUUUUCAUGGCUGUGCACAGCACAGCCAUGCAAAGCAGUGUGGAAAACGGUUUAAAAAACAGUUCUCCCUGUCGGAGAUCCUUGGC